CAGGUACAUUCGGCUUUAUGGCAGAAAAUUUAGUAAAGAAGACCAUGUGCUCUUCGUUAAGUUGUUGUACGAGUUGGUGACAAUUCCAAAACUGGAGAUCAGUAUGAUGCAGGGGUUUGCACGCUUGUUGGUGAGCCUUUUAAAAAAGAAAGAGCUCCUUUCAAGAGAAGACUUGCAGUUACCCUGGAGACCAUUGUAUGAAAUGCUGGAGAGAAUAUUGUACUCUAAAACAGAACACCUUGGUCUUAAUUGGUUUCCUAAUUCAUAUCGGCAAGGCUUGUCCUCCACUAAAACAGUUGUGCUUAAUGUUUUACGUAGGUGCUCUGUGGAAGGUGUCCUAAAAACACUAGUGAAAGCCUGUCGACCUUAUUUUCCUGAUGAUGCAACUGCAGAAAUGCUAGAAGAAUGGCGGCCUUUAAUGUGUCCUUUUGAUGUAACCAUGCAAAAGGCCAUUAGUUAUUUUGAAUUGUUUUUGCCUACCUCCCUGCCUCCAGAGCUUCAUCAUAAAGGUUUUAAACUGUGGUUCGAUGAAUUCAUGGGCCUCUGGCUUUCAGUUCAGAAUCUUCCUCAGUGGGAAGGGCACCUAGUGAAUCUCUUUGCACGCUUGGCAAAUGAUAACAUUGGGUACGUUGAUUGGGAUCCAUAUGUUCCAAAGGUGUUUACCAGGAUUCUGCGUAGUUUAAAUCUCCCCGUAGGAAGCAGUCAAGUGCUUGUACCAAGACAACUGGCUAAUGCUUAUGACAUUGGACAUGCUGUGAUAUGGAUAUCUGCAAUGAUGGGAGGACCAAGCAAGACCGUACAGAAACAUCUAACGGGGCUCUUCAAUAGCAUUGCUUCUUUUUACCAUCCGUCAAACAAUGGCAGGUGGUUGACAAAGCUUAUGAAACUUCUGCAGAGAUUGCCAUGCUCUGUUGUCCGGAGGCUGCAUAGAGAGCGAUACAAGAAGCCGUCUUGGCUAACCCCUGUGCCUGACAGCCACAAGUUGAGUGACCAAGAUGUGACGGACUUUGUGGAAAGUAUAAUUCAGCCAGUUCUUUUGGCCAUGUUCAGUAAAACUGGAAGCCUGGAGGCAGCUCAGGCUCUGCAGAAUCUUGCCCUGAUGCGCCCAGAGCUGGUCAUACCCCCAGUACUUGAAAGAACUUAUCCAGCUUUGGAAACACUAACUGAGCCUCACCAGCUUACUGCAACGCUAAGCUGUGUCAUUGGGGUGGCACGCAGCCUGGUCGCUGGUGGCAGGUGGUUCCCAGAAGGCCCAACACACAUGCUACCUCUUUUGAUGAGAGCUCUCCCUGGCGUGGAUCCAAAUGACUUUAGUAAAUGCAUGAUCACAUUCCAGUUUAUUGCAACAUUUUCCACUUUGGUGCCUUUAGUAGAUUGCUCAUCUGUGCUUCAAGAGCGAGAUGAUCUUUCAGAGGUGGAGAGGGAGCUGUGCUCAGCCAGUGCAGAGUUUGAGGACUUUGUGCUCCAGUUCAUGGACAGGUGUUUUGCUCUGAUUGAAAGCAGUACUCUGGAGCAGACACGAGAAGAGACCGAGACUGAGAAGAUGACACAUCUGGAGAGCCUGGUGGAACUGGGCUUGUCAUCAACAUUCAGCACAAUCCUCACUCAGUGCUCCAAAGAGAUAUUUAAGGCUGCCCUUGAGAAGGUAUUUAACUUUGCUGUAUCCAACAUCUUUGAAACAAGAGUUUCUGGAAAAAUGGUGGCAGAUCUCUGCCGGGCUGCUGUCAAGUGCUGCCCUGUGGAGUCUCUGAAGCUCUUUCUGCCUCACUGCUGCAAUGUUAUAACUCAUCUCACUAACAAUGAUGAUGUCCUCCAUGAGGAAGAAUUAGACAAAGAGUUACUUUGGAACCUGCAGCUCCUUUCUGAGGUAACAAGAGUAGAUGGAGAGAAACUGCUUCCCUACAAAGACCAGCUUGUCAAAAUUCUCCAGCGAACCUUGCACUUCACUUGUAAACAGGGUUUAUACGUUGUCCUGUAAUCUGCUGCACCAUCUGCUGCGCUCCUGCACGCUCAUCUACCCCACUGAGUACUGCAGUGUGCCGGGCGGAUUUGAUAAGCCUCUCUCUGAAUAUUUUCCCAUCAAGGACUGGGGAAAGGCCGGUAACCUCUGGAACCUAAACAUCAGAUGGCAUGUUCCUUCAGCAGAGGAGGUUAAAUUUGCAUACUACUUGCUGGACAACUUCCUUCAGCCAGAGCUAGAUAAGCUUGAUCGUUAUGGGAGUGGAGAGCUUGAACUGUCAAGGGAUGAUAUUCAGCAGUGUCUCACCAUCAUGCAUAAUUGUCUCACUGGCUCAGGAAACCUCCUACCUCCUCUGCAAGGGGAGAGAGUACCUCAUCUGGUUACAAGUAUGGUGUCUCUGGAUGAGACAAAACUCUUCACCGGUAUAGACUAUGAUUAUUCUAGAAAAAACUACAGAGAAUCCAUGGCAAAAACGCUCAGGAAACUUUUGCAUUUCAUACUUGACAACUCAGAAGAUGAUACCAAGUCGUUAUUUCUUAUAAUAAAGAUUAUCAGCGACGUUCUACAAUUCCAGGGAUCCCACAAACAUGAGUUUGACUCAAGAUGGAAGAGUUUUACACUUGUCAAAAAGUCCAUGGAAAACCGGCUCCAAGGAAAGAAGAGGCACAUUCGAGCAUUGCUGAUUGACAGAGUCAUGUUACAACAUGAGUUGAGAAUGUUGACCGUUGAAGGCUGUGAAUACAAAAAAGUCCACCAAGACCUGGUGCGGGAUCUUCUGCGUCUGUCCACCAGCUCUUACGGGCAAAUCAGAAAUAAAGCUCAGCAGGCUUUUUUCUCUGCUCUGGGAACAUACAAUUUCUGCUGCCGGGACAUCAUUCCUCUAGUACUUGAAUAUCUGCGGCCAGACAGACAUGAUGUCACUCAACAGCAGUUCAAAGGUGCCUUGUAUUGUUUGCUUGGAAACCACGGUGCAGUGUGCCUAGCAAACCUUCAUGACUGGGAAUGCAUUGUACAGACGUGGCCGGCAAUAGUCUCUUCAGGUCUCAGUAAAGCAAUGUCUCUAGAAAAACCAUCCAUUGUACGCCUUUUUGAUGAUCUGGCUGAGAAGAUUCAUCGGCAAUACGAAACAAUUGGGUUGGACUUUUCGGUACCAGAAAGUUGUAUCCAGAUUGCUGUUCUGCUGCAGAAGUCGCCUAUUCCUUCUCUUGGUGUGGAGUUGCUUCAUCCAGAUCAGCUGAGUCUAGCAGUGCAAAGACAGGAAGAGAAGAAUGCAGAGUCUUUACGGCAUUAUGAACGCUUAGUCGACACUUUGAUCGAUUGUGUUACACAAAGAAACCUCCCAUGGAAGUUUGAACACAUUGGCAUUGGGUUCUUGUCUUUACUCCUGAGGGAUGACCAUGUUCUACCUCUUCGUGCAAUCAAAUACUUGGUGCACUGUCUGAUUCAUGAUGCUCUUAUUGUCCGCAAGAUGGCAAUCUCAGCUGUAGCUGGAAUUCUAAAGCAGCUAAAGAGACCCCAUAUCAAAAUGCCCAUUUGCCCUUACACAAUCAGUGGAUGUACCAAACCAGAUGCCAUCAUGGCAGGGGACAGGCCUGACAACCAGUGGAUACAUUAUGACAGUGCCAGCCUGCCAAAGACAAAGGAAUCCUGGGAAGCCUGCACCUUUGUGGAGAAGACACACUGGGGAUAUUACACAUGGCCUCGAAACUUACUGGUGUAUGCACCUUCUGAGCAACAGCCACAGCUGGGAAGACCCAGAGAGGACAUAUCAGAAGCUGAACAGAUCAUAUAUGAUCAUUUCACUGACGAGAAGUUUGUCAACCAGUUGAUAACGUUUCUGUCUUUAGAAGAUCGGAAGGGAAAAGAUAAAUUUAACCCUCGCAGGUUUUGCCUUUUUAAGGGUCUUUUUAGAAACUUUGAUGAUGCGUUCUUGCCAAUCCUUACUCCCCAUUUGGAGCGCCUAGUGGAAGACUCUCAUGAAAGUACUCAGAGGUGUGUGGCCGAAAUAGUUGCUGGAUUAAUCCGUGGAUCCAAACAUUGGACCUUUGAAAAGGUGGAAAACCUGUGGAGGUUCCUGUGCCCUCUGUUGAGGACGGCAUUAUCCAACAUCACCGUAGAGACAUACAGUGACUGGGGCACUUGUAUCGCCACAUCCUGUGAGAGCAGGGAUCCUCGGAAGCUUCAUUGGUUGUUUGAACUGUUGUUGGAAUCGCCAGUGAGCGGAGAAGGCGGCUCUUUUGUGGAUGCUUGCCGAUUGUAUGUGCUUCAGGGAGGACUUGCACAGCAAGAGUGGCGAGUUCCAGAGUUGCUGCACCGAUUGCUUAAAUAUUUGGAACCUAAACUAACCCAGGUGUACAAGAAUGUCAGAGAAAGGAUCGGAAGUGUUCUGACCUACAUCUUCAUGAUCGAUGUCUGCUUGCCAAACACCGCUCCCACCAAGUCUCCACGUAUCUCUGAAUUUACUGCCCGUGUCAUUGACAAGCUAAAGCCUCUCAUGGAGGCCGAUGAGGAGAUACAAAACCAUGUCAUGGAGGAGAAUGGGGUUGAAGAACAGGAUGAGAGAACUCAGGGCAUUAAAAUGAUGAAGACAAUACUGAAGUGGAUCAUGGCGAGUGCUGGACGGUCAUUCUGUACGGCUGUCCCAGAACAGUUACAACUUCUACCAUUGUUGUUUAAGAUUGCACCGGUUGAAAACGACACAAACUAUGACGAGCUAAAAAGAGAUGCCAAAAUGUGUUUAUCCCUGAUGUCUCAAGGGUUACUCUACCCCGAGCAAGUGCCCAUGGCUCUUGAGGUGCUGAAGCAGACUGCAAGAAGCAGCUCUUGGCAUGCCAGAUACACAGUCCUGACGUAUAUCCAGACAAUGGUCUUCUAUAACCUCUUCAUAUUCCUUCACAAUGAAGAAGCUGUUCAAGGCAUCAGGUGGUUGGUUCUACAACUAAUGGCUGAUGAACAAUUGGAGGUGAGAGAGAUGGCUGCCACCACUCUGAGUGGCUUUCUGCAGUGCAGCUUUCUGACGAUGGAUGUCUCUAUGCAAGCACACUUUGAGCAGCUCUGCAAAACCAGAUUGCCAAAGAAACGCAAGAGAGACCUGGGUACGGCUGUGGACACUAUACCCUCUGCAGAUCUGGUGAAGCGCCAUGCUGGUGUUCUGGGGCUCAGUGCCUGCAUUUUAUCAAGCCCUUAUGAUGUCCCGACAUGGAUGCCACAACUGCUGAUGGAUCUGAGUGCACAUCUCAAUGAUCCACAGCCCAUAGAGAUGACGGUAAAGAAAACCCUGUCUAACUUCCGGAGAACACACCUUGACAAUUGGCAAGAGCACAAGCAGCAGUUUACGGAUGACCAGCUGGUGGUUUUAACUGAUCUCUUGGUUUCUCCUUGCUACUAUGCAUAG